AUGGCAGCAUCCGUUGAACGACCACAAACGAUUCAGACUAUGAUUGAUGGUGUGGAACGUUACAAUCCCGAAAACGCUGAAGUCCUUGAAGACUACCUCGCCACGCAAUGCAAGAAUGGCGAAUACGACCUCAUGGCCAACUUGGCAUUGUUAAAGCUUUAUCAAUUCAACCCCCAAUUGACCAAGAAGACCGUUAUUAUCAAUGUCCUCGGCAAGGCUCUUACCGCCAUUCCCAAUCCCGAUUUCAAUUUAUGCAUGUACCUCAUGACAGACCAUGUGGAAGACGAGCAAGUCAAGAGCAUGAUGCAACUUCAGCAGCUCCUUGAACAGUCGCGAUACGUUGAAUUUUGGAAGACAUUUGAACAACACCGUGCUCUUGUUAAGGAUAUCCAAGGAUUCGAUGAUGCCAUUCGUGCCGUCGUCGCCAAGGUUGUCAGCAUGUCUUAUCAAAAUAUCAGCAGCAGCGUGCUUCAAUCGUAUCUUUCGUUGCAAGGUGAUGCAUUCGAAAAGUUCUGCCAGCAGCAUCAAUGGCAGGUGGAACAAAACGUUGUCAACAUUCCUAUCAACAAGGAUAACGAAGCCAAGACAGUGGUUGUUCGCGAGAACAUCAAGUUUGAACAAUUGACCAAGAUUAUUGGUUUCUCGAAUGAAAUGUAA